UCCAGUAACUUCUUUCAACUAUUUCGAUUGGGGUCGCUGCAGGUGAAAGAAAAUGUUUUAGGAGCAGCAAUUGGUUGCUGUCUUCUCCGCCUUCUACGGUUACUUUGAAUGGGAAUCGUGGCUGUAAUUACAAUCAUCUUGCAGCCCACAACAACGGAUUCGCUGUUAUUUCCGAAGAAAAUGCACAAAGCCCUUUGUCGCCUUCACGGUCCGCCUUUUGGACGGAGGAAAGACGCUUGCAGUGUUUUCGAAUUAUUAGCUAAAUUCCACCAGCCCAGUGGUGCAUUAUGUCAAAAGUCAGCUGUGAAACACCCGCCCCCACAUCUCCCAGAGAUGCCCCCGUGCGACUUUCACCCAGAGGAAUAUAAGGACAUGUCCAAGGCCCAAAUGCUGGAGAUUCGGAAGAAGCUCUGCAACCCCAUGACCAUGAAGGUCACUUUUUACAAAAAACCGGUGUACAUCCAUCAGGGCUACAUGCAGUGGCUGUGGGACGUGGAUGGGCGCCGUUACCUUGAUCUCUUUGCAGGAGUGGCAACUGUCAGUGUUGGACACUGUCAUCCACAGGUGACCGAGGCUGCCGUGAAGCAGCUGAGACGUUUGUGGCACACGACCCAUAUCUACGUAACUUCACCGCUCCACGAGUACGCUGAGAAACUCACCUCCCUGUUCCCUGACCCGCUCAAGGUUGUUUACUUUACCAACAGUGGCUCUGAGGCCAAUGACCUGGCCAUGCUUAUGUCGAGAUUGCACACAGGAAACUUUGACAUCAUUACUCUCAGAGGUUCAUACCAUGGCGGCAGUCCACAGUCACUGGGUCUUACUGCAAACGCGGGCUAUAAGUACCCCGUCGCCUCUGGAUUGGGUUGCCAUACUACCAUGUGUCCCGAUGUGUACCGAGGCCCGUGGGGUGGGAGUCACUGCAGAGACUCUCCUAUCCAGACCACCAGAGACUGCAGCUGUCCGCCUGGAUGCUGCCAUGCCAACGACAUGUAUAUAGGGCAGCUGAAAGAGGUGUUUGCAACAAGUGUUCCAAGUCGAAUCGCUGCGUUCUUUGGAGAGCCUAUUCAGGGGGUCGGAGGAGCUGUGCAGUACCCUAAAAACUACCUGAAGGAGACCUACAGACUCGUGAGGGAGAGGGGCGGCGUGUGCAUCGCAGAUGAGGUUCAAACUGGAUUUGGGCGCACCGGAAGCCAUUUCUGGGGAUUCCAAGGUCAUGAGGUCAUUCCAGAUAUAGUUACAAUGGCAAAGGGCAUUGCUAAUGGAUACCCCAUGGGGGCUCUUGUUACCACUCCAGAGAUUGCUGCAUCCUUCGGCAAGGGAGUCCAUUUCAACACCUUUGGUGGCAAUCCUGUGGCUUGUGCCAUAGCAUCAUCUGUGCUUGAUACCAUUAGAGAAGACGGCACGCAGCAGAACAGCGCUGAGGUCGGGACCUAUCUGCUCAAAGAGCUGGCCAAACUGCGGGAUAAGUAUGAGAUCAUCGGAGACGUCCGCGGGAAGGGACUGCAGAUCGGUGUGGAGAUGGUCAAGGACAAGGCAAGCCGGGAGCCUUUGCCUGCAGAUGCCAUGAACCAGAUCUUCGAAUGCACCAAAGACAUGGGUGUCCUCAUCGGGAAGGGAGGAUUGUACGGCCAGACCUUCCGGAUCAAACCCCCCAUGUGCAUCACUAAAGAAGAUGCAGACUUCUUCCUGGCGGUGUUCGAUCACGCGCUGCAAAGUUAUAUGGAGCAGAGAUGAUGGGGAUCAUUCCAGAACUGAUGUCCUUGCAGCUGCCUUCUAAUGGACCUGCCGAAGCAUUUUUACUGAAGAAUCCUCAGGCAGAGUGCCAGGAACAACAGAUCCGUCUUGAAUGAUUUAAUUCAAGACACAAGCAAGACACUGACAACCCACUUUACUUUUUAGCAUUGUGUGUAUGCGUCCCUGAAGUCUGAACACUGGUAGCAAUCUGUUCAUGAAAAAUUACUUGAAAGGGAAAUAAUAUUGAACAUUUAGACAAAAAAAAGUUCUCAUCUGACAGUUGUACGUAAAUGGACAGAGCAGUGUGCAUUGACUUUUAAUGUAACCAAUUGUGUCAGAAAUGUUAUAAUCUGUCAUGUAAUUAUUUUUAGCUGCACUGUCCACCUAAUGAAAGAAACUGAAUGUGAUAUUUAAGGUUAACCCUAAUAUGUAACCAAUGUAAAGAACAUAUAAUAUUCUAUUCUACACCAAUAUUGUAAAUGUAUAUACGAUAAACAAAUGUAAUCAAAUUAAUAAGCUUCUUAAAGCAAAUGUUUUCUUUGAUAAUGGUUUAGAUCAAACUACAAUACAAAAGAAAUGGUAGAAAU